GAUGUGUUGUUUUGUUGUCUUUACUUCCGUCUUUGGCCCCGCCCAGUUUUGACAUCUUCUUCCGGCUUUGUUUUCUUCUUCUGUGGUAUGGUAUUCCCGCUGUUGUUGUUACUGUAUUACUGCCGCCAUCUUCCGGCCCCCCAAUCAUCGUAUAAUCAGACACAUUAGGAAGCUGAUAUAAGUACUGGCCGGCGCUGACAUGGAUUUCUUACAGCAGUCAGAAAGACUCACAGGUAAGUCAACCAAGAUGGCCAAACAGUCGGAGGAAAAUAAACAGAGUCUGCCUGAUUUCAGCAACAUCUACAGCAAAGAUCUGCUGCCAAGUCCGGGGGGAGAAAAGAUGACGAGGGGAUUUCUGCAGGAGCUGGUGAACUUACUGAUGAAUUACAUCUGCAAAUCAUAUCAAAGAAAUUCCAAGGUUUUGGAUUUCCACCACCCGCACCAGCUCAUAGAAGGUUUGGAAGGCUUCAGUCUGGACCUGCCUGAAAAACCAGACACUCUUGAGCAAAUAUUAGUGGACUGUCGAGACACACUCAAGUACGGUGUCAAUACAGGCCAUCCUCGCUUCUUCAAUCAACUGUUUUCUGGCCUUGAUGUGAUUGGUGUUGCUGGCGAGUGGCUGACAUCUACAGCAAACACGAACAUGUUCACAUAUGAGGUGUCUCCUGUCUUCACCCUGAUGGAGGAAGUCCUCAUGAAGAAGAUGCAAAGCAUUGUGGGGUGGUCUGAUGAUGAGGGAGAUGGUAUUUUCUCUCCAGGAGGUGCAAUCUCCAACAUGUACAGCAUGCUGGUUGCCAGAUAUUACUUCUACCCAGAAGUUAAGACAAAAGGAAUGGGAGCUCUGCCUCAGCUGGCCCUCUUCACGUCAGAACAUAGUCACUAUUCAUUGAAGAAGUCCGCUGCCGUGCUGGGAUUGGGCACUGACAAUGUGUUUGUGGUGAAAUGUGAUGAAAGAGGGAAAAUGAUUCCAGAAGAACUUGAGGCUUCCAUCCUUGCUGCUGAAGAAAAGAACAAGGUUCCAUUCUACGUGAAUGCAACAGCAGGAACUACCUUAUAUGGUGCGUUUGACCCCCUACCUGCCAUCGCAGAGAUCUGUCAGAGACACACCCUGUGGAUGCACGUGGAUGCAUCAUGGGGCGGAGGCUUGCUUUUGUCAGAAAGACACAGGAUGAAACUACAGGGCAUCGAACGAGCCUGGUCAGUGACGUGGAACCCUCACAAGAUGAUGAGCGUUCCACUUCAGUGCUCCGUGAUGCUGAUCAAGAAGAAAGGCCUCUUACAAAAGUGUAAUGAGCUGGGGGCUGCAUACCUUUUCCAGAAAGAUAAAUUCUAUGACGUGAGCUAUGAUACCGGAGAUAAGAGCAUCCAGUGUGGCAGGCACGUGGAUGUGUUCAAACUUUGGCUCAUGUGGAAGGCAAAGGGAACAGAGGGCUUUGGAGCUGAGGUCAACAAGUGUUUGGAGAACGCAGAGUAUCUCUAUGAUCUACUGCAGAGGAGGAAAGACUUUGAACUGGUCUUCAAGCACAAACCGGAGGCCAGUAAUGUCUGUUUCUGGUACAUUCCUCCCAGUCUGAGAAGCAUGCCAUGUGGACCCGACCGAGACAAAAGACUUCACCAGGUCGCGCCGCAGAUCAAAGGCAGGCUGAUGGAGAAAGGAUCCGUUCUGAUUGGCUACCAGCCGACAAGAACCAAGGUCAAUUUCUUCAGGUGUGUGUUUGUUAACCGUGCCACACAGAAAGAAGACAUCAACUUCCUGUUGGAGGAGAUAGCCCUGCUUGGCCAGGACUUAUGACAGGUUGCUUUCUUGGAUUGCAAAUGCAACUACGUAAAUCGCUAAGUCGCUUCUAAAAAACCGGGGGCGUCCAAACUUUUUCCAAGUGUUGCAUACACGCAAUUGAAAAGUACUGGGAUAGAUGCUAAAAGCAAUCUAAUAUAUUAAAGCUAAAUGAGUGUAAUAUCUCCAUUUUCAGAAUAUGUGGAGGGCCAAUCAGGGGUGUUCAAAAGCUUUGAUUUUCCUUUAAUGUGUUUAGAUUAGGUGUCCAAACUUUUGUCAAUCAUCCACAACAUGAACAUGUCUCUUUUCUGUGUGUUCUAAAGAUUAAAAAAAAAAGACUGAGCCAAGUAUGUAAUGAGGAAACAUAUUCCACCUGGAAAGCCUUCUGAAAAGAAAACACCCAAAGCUACCAAUGCUGCUCAUUUGCAUAUAAUGUGAUUAAACAAGCUACGGCGACAUAAACAUUGUUACCCAAUGGGUAUAAUGAUAUCUUGCUACACACUCGCCUGAGUUGGCAGUUUUUAGAAUGCACAGAAAAGUGUGUUCAUGUCUCAUGGAUGGGCAUAAAAAAUGCAGUUUUCCUUUAAAACGUGUAUUUUUAUAAUAAACUAGAUUUGAUUUUUACUUUAAUAUAUAAAAAUUUACCUUAACACCCAAACCUACGCACUGCAACAUUUCACUGAAUGAGAAAAACAAGACUCUGCACCAAAAAUAAUUUAUUCAACGCAUUAAAUAUCAGUUUAAAUAUCCUUAAAAACUAAAUGUCAUCGCUAGAGCUCAGCAUUUCUGUUCUCCAUCUCCACCUGGAACAAAUAGACAUGAUUUGGGACAUUUUGGGGUGUGAAUGAGGAAGGUAAAUAGCCUGAUGCCAAGUAUGCGUCGCAAUAGUUUAAACAGACGCUCAAAUGUCACACUGUUCAAUUUAAAGUACAUUUGUGUUACACAAAAAUAGUUCUUUUCAAAAAAAAAAAAAAAAACACCAUUUAGUGUGAACAACAUCUUUGAGUAGUCAGUAGUAUUUGACCAAAUCAUUACUGGGGCUUCCAUUUACCUGUACACCUAUAGCCGCCAUCAUGGAUUGCUGUGGGUUCAAAACAGCUGUUGUGAGAAGGGUAAUUAAACAUGUCAGAAACAAAUUAUAGUGGAUCCUUACACAGUCAGGAUUGCAACCCAAAAUAGAUUAGAAAAAAAUUAUACGUAAAAUGAUCAUGUAUCACCAUUAGAAAACACCCACAAUUCACACGUGUAUGAGUGAUAGUUUGGCAAGUGUUCAGAUGUCACUUUGAGUAUUGUCCUUGAAUGCACCACAGUCUGAUGGCAUGCGACAUUUCCAAUCAUACUGAUACCAUUACAUCAGAAUGACCCCAUUAUAUUCAGCUGUGACUAGCUAAACAUUUUAUACUUAAAUCAUCAGAUCAGGUCUUGAACCUGGAAUGUGGGGGUGGGGGGUGCAAUGUGUUAAGACCUUUUAUGGGCAUCUUAUUUAAUCACAUUUACCAUCCUCUGGUAAGACUUGAACGGAAACCCAAUAAACCCAAAUAAAGCAGGGGUGGGCAAAUAUUUUGGCUAGUGGGCCGCAUUGAGUUAACAAAAUUGUCCAGGAGGCCAGAACAUAUUUAACACACACAAUUUUAUGCUUAUAAUUUUCCUUUAUUUGUACAAUUUUAUCUUUAAAAACUGUAUCAGGAGCACUUUAAACAUCAGACCACAUCAAAAUAUGUAAUUUAAUUUUACUUUUUUUUUUUUACACAAAAUAAGACAUCCGACUUGCAAGUCAUGUUGCCAGUUUGUAUGUUAAAAGUUGAAAUACUUAAAAAAAAAAAAUUACAAUACAACUGGCGGGCCGGAUUCAAACGCUUUGUGGGCCGCAUGUGGCCCCCGGGCCGUAGUUUGCCCACCCCUGCAAUAAAAAGCGAGGAUAUACUGUACCCCCCCAAUUGGAAUGGCAUUUUUGUUCUUUUGUAAAAUGCAAACAACGUAAAAAACAUACCAUGUCGUUUGUUCCUCCAUGAAGUGAAUUUUUUCUGGUUCUUCUGCAUUCGUCCAUUCAUUGCACCUCCUUCAGUUUUGCCAUUUUUGCAUUUCCUGAAAUCUGUGGAUCAA